CUGGAAAACUGGCAUCUGGACGUGGGUUACAAGAAGAACAUUGUCUAUCUGAGUUUCCGUUUUCGCUAUACAACAUACCCCGCGACUAUGUACAACCUCCCAAACCUCCCCGCGAAGCACCAGGACUUCGUCAGCUACGUCCAAUCGCACCAAGACAAGCCCAUUGAAGACCUGGUCCGGCCAUACAACGAAUAUGAUGCCAUCACGCGAAAAGUGUUCGCCCAAGAACCGUCCCAUCCCGCACUGAAAGACAACCAUCUCAACCUCGUCCCUCUCUACGACGAAUCAACAGGGACAAACAAUGUCCAGGUUCGAGCGCGGAAUCUGGACGCAGAACCCCAGGAGGUCAGGGACCAGUAUUUACUGCCCCUGAAGAAUAAGGAUCGGAGACCCACUGGUUCCCCCGCCGUGGUUCCGAGUCUCGAAGAGUUCCAGAAGAACUUCACACUUUUCUCCGAGGGUGCUUUGAGUGAUCUGGAUUGGAGCAAUGUUGUCGCCGCCGGAAGUGCUGUGGUGACUUCUCUUUUACCCGUGCCGGAAAAACAUCGUGGCUCGAAGCGUACGUUGAGACAGUUUUACCAUGAAAAGUUCGCUCCGGCGUCGGAUGUGGAUCUGUUCUUGUAUGGUUUGACGGAUGAGGAAGCCGUCGAGAAGAUCAAUCACAUCGAGUCGAGGAUCAAGAAUACGAUUCUCUACGAGACCACCACCGUCAGGACGAAGAAUACGAUCACCAUUGUGUCUCAAUAUCCGACUCGUCAUGUCCAGAUUGUUCUUCGGAUUUACAAGUCGGUCGCGGAGAUCUUGACUGGUUUCGACGUUGACUGCUCCUGUGCUGCAUAUGAUGGCAAACAAGUCUAUGCCUCGCCCCGUGCUCUGGCUUCGUAUAUUACGCAGAUCAAUCAGAUUGAUAUGACUAGGCGCUCGCCUUCUUAUGAAAACCGUCUUUCAAAGUAUUCGCACCGCGGAUUCGAGGUGUUUUGGCCGUCGCUUGACCGCUCCAGAAUUGACCCGACAAUCUUCGAAAGAAGUUUCUCGAGGACAGUUGGUCUUGCACGCUUACUAGUGCUGGAGAAGCUUCCAAAAACUGAAGACCGGGAGAAUUAUCUCAUGCAGAGACGGGCGGAGCGUGGCCGGCCACUUGCCAAUAGAUACGCCCAAAGAAUGAAGCAGCUUCCCGGUAACAUCAAGGAUGACUGGGACGAUGAAGCUCCUGAAUGGCAGGAAGAGGACGAAAUCUCCGACUACAAUCACUUUUCCAUUCCCUACGGACCGAGAUAUCAUGCCAAGCGCAUCGAAAGACUCUUGUUCACUAAGGACUUGCUGCUCAAUGCGGAGUGGAACAGGCCGAAAGACAGGACUGUCUGGCUUCAUCGUCACCCCGCCUUCUUCGGUGACGUUGAAGACGUGAUCCAUGAUUGCUGCGGCUACUGUCCUGAGCCCGUCACGGACGAAGAAAAGGAGGUCGCUGAGGAAGAGAGCAAGAUUUACAUCUCUGGUGAUGUCUCGUUCAUCAAAGAUGAUCCUGGCCGUCAGGAGAUUGGCAGUUUCAAUCCCAUCACAGAUACCGACUGGACAGAAAUGGCGUAUAUUGGAAACACGGAGCAGUUGUGUCAAGCGAUCGUCGAUCACGACCUCGUGGCUGUGAAGGAAUGGCUGUCACGAGACUCAGCCGACCCGAACGCCCGUGACUACACUGGCAGAACGCCUUUGCAUCUGGCAUCUUUGACUUCCACUCCAGAGAUCGUGCAGUGUCUGGUUGACAAUGGUGCCCGAAUGAUCUCGCGUGUGGCCGAUGGCCGGACUGCGCUGCACUUCGCGGCCACCAGAGGCAAUUUGGACAUUGUCCGGGUCCUCCUCACUAAGAGCGAGCAGAACGAGGAGCAAGAAUCGAAGAAAGAAGAUCUUCGCAAAAGCGAGCCGGCGCAAGAAAAGGAAGAAAAGGAAAUGCCCACGGACCAGUCUGAAGAAGACGAUGACAUCGAUAUGGUCGGCAAUGAUGAUGGCAGCUCUCGCACUUCCGGAUCAUUUGUCAAAGUCGAAGCACCGGGAUCUGGGGAUGUUUUCGACGGAACCGAAAACGAGCUCGAGCCCGAUAUCUACGAUGUCAACGUGCUGGCCUGGGAUAACCACACCUCGCCUCUUCAUCUCGCCAUUCUUAACGGUCAUGUCGACGUUGUCGAGGAGCUGGUUUCGUCGUUUGGCGCUGAUGUCCUACUACCGAUCAAGCUGCUGAGUUCCGAAAACACGCCUACGGCUGCCAUUCUCACGUUGGUUCUGGCGCUGCAGCUACCGCUGGAAAAGGCCAAGGCAAUGACCCAGAAGCUUCUGCAGCUGGGCGCCUCGCCUGCCCAAGCUGAUCUCAACCACAACACGCCACUGCAUUAUCUUGCCGCUUCCAAGUACUCGGAGCUGCUGGACCUCUAUCAUCACCAUGAUGAACCAGCAGUUAAGCGCGCCAUCGAUCAUCUUGCAUUUGCCGGACAUUCCUGGAAUCCUGAGCCGUACUCUGCGUUUGCCGCUGCCAUCAACGCAAAGAAUGUCAUCGGAGCAAUCAAAAUGCUCGAAGCUGGCGCCGAACCGACGCUUGAAUUCAGCCAUUUUGUGAAAUCCGCCAAGGCUGUGUUCGACACGAUCCAAUCGAACUCGUCGGAGGAAAACCAAAACAUUUUCCGUUACAAUGUGGCUCAGCCCAUCAUCUUAGCCGUCAAAAAGGAAUUGCCAGAGCUCGUCAUCGAUCUUCUGAAGCGCGGUGUGGAUCCCAACCCGUUGACUGCUGAGGGAUGUUCCGUGGUUGAUGAUGAGGACGUGCGCGAUUACAAGAAGGGCUCAUCCUUGCUUGACUAUGUUCGUGAGAAGAUCAAGAGUCUUCAAGCGUACAAGGGUGAAGAAUGCACUUCAUCGCCGCCACGUCCACUCGAGACUGAUGAUAAGGUUUACCUCGACGGCAUCGAGGAAGGAACUUAUGCGAUGCUUAUUGCUCGGGGACAAGUGAAGGACGCCAGGCAGGAGUACGAAAAGGCUCUAAAGAAUCACGAGGAUUCAGUAAACGAAGCGCAAAACUGCAAGGGAGUGGAUCGUAAAUUGGCAGCGGCCAAAGACCUUGCUGAAGAAUUCCAAAGGGUGGAGGCUGUCUUGCUCGAGAAGGGUGCAAAGAUGUUCGCGGAACUGUAUCCUGAUAUCGAGGCGCCAAAAGAAGAUGAGGAGGAAGAGGAGGAAAAGGAGCCGUUGAAGAAGGAUAAGUUCAAGGUGACUUACAAGUUCAACGUGCCGGAUCUGACGGAUACUAAGAGGAAGGGUUACCUUGAAUUGUAUAAUGCAGCGUGGAACGGAGACCUGGGAACUAUUAAGGCCCUUACUCUUGCCACGUGGGGUCCCGACAACGAAGAGGCACCUCUUCAGAUUGCCGUCACUGACUGGCAUUGGUUCUCGCCUUUCUCCAUUGCAGUGCUACGCGGACAUCUGAGCGUGGCAAAGGCAAUUCUCGAGAUUGUUCAGGCUCAGUAUAAGCCAAAGGAACAAAAAGGACAUACGAGAUACACUGCGGACUAUGACACCGAUCAGCCUCGCAUUUACAGUGAGAUUAUCGAUGAUCAAUUCACCGUCGACAACAUAGGGGAGGUGGCCACGCAGGUGGAAUGUCCUAUCAAGCCUCUCGAUGUCCUCGAAUGGGGGUGCUCUGCUGGGUUAUUCAUCGAGAACGACGCCAUAUCCGAGUCGGAACGAUAUGAAGUUCAAUCCGGAAUCGAAUCCGUCCUCCAAGGCUACUUCUCUACUUGGCGCAUAGAUAGCGAGGCAUCGCGUACUCCCCAACAUGUGGUCGAUUACGCAGUCUGGACCGACAAUGUUCCUUUGUUAGUAUUCCUACUUGAACUAGGACAGGAGCUCACCGGCCAGGACACGGAGAAAGACUCUACAAUCUACACAGUCCCCGAACGUGUUUUCGUCAUGGCUAUCGGGUUGGGCCGCUUGCGCUGCCUUGAAGAACUGAUCAAGCGAACAGGUGCAGGCAUGCCGAUCGACGAGUUUGUCCAGAAGAGUGGCGUGAAGGUGGCAGAGAGGCCUGAUUAUUACCAAGGACUUACCAUCCGCGGAAAGAAACGCGCGGAUUGGGCUAGGGCCGAACGGCAGGGACGACCAGAGAAGAGCAAGAGUUCGCCGCUUUUGGUUGCUGCGUCUUACGGAAAGCUUGAUUCUACCAAGUGGUUCCUGGGCAAGGAGCCGGGGCAGCAGUAUGUUGCUUUUACCAAGACGUAUGAGCAUGAUAAGCGCUUGAAGCAUCUGGAGAAGUCUGCGAAGGGUGUUGAGGGGGCUUUGAUGAAUUGGCUUAAGUCGAGAAGUGGACUGUCUCUACACUGUGCUGUUCUGUCCAAGCCAAACGAGGAAUCUGAACGAUUGGUCGAAUAUCUCGCGAAACAAUAUCCAGGCGGCUUGGAGACCAAGUCCCUGGAGGGACAUACGCCUUUGGCGCUUGCUUUCUCCUUGCACCGGACGAGCUAUGCGAAGAUCUUGAUAGAAGCUGGAGCAGACCAGACAACCCGUGAUCGCAGCGGAAACAAUCUGAUCCACUUGCUUUUGUGUGAUAAGAAUGGUGAAGCUCGAGACAAACCCGACAAUAUAGAGUCGCUACUCGCACUGCUCGACUCUCGUCUUAUCCCGUCAUUGCUCACGGAGCGGUCUUCAGAGCAGCCAGGAUCGUUAACCCCGCUUGCUCGCUGGAUUCUCCGAGCGUAUGGUUUCAAUUCCUAUCAGUCCAACGGCAUAGAAACAGACGGCAAAACGGCCGUACUGCGUAUAAUUCUGGAUCUCGCCCAGCCAUCCGGCCAGAAGCACCUUGAGAUGCUCGAUGGCGCCGGCAACACACCCAUUCACAACGCCGUCAAGGGCGAGCUGCCGCAAGCGCUAGAGCUCAUGGUCGACCGUCGCGCGGACCUCUUGCAUCGCGAGAGUGCCACGGGUACCACACCGUUCGAAAUGGCAGUUGACAAAUGGGUCCAUAAAGCGACCGAAGGCCCGCCGCACAUCCCGCCUGAGACACCCUCAUGGUGGGGUGGCGAAGACGCUCCGUACAGGGAAGUGUUGGAGCAGCAGCCCGAGUACUUUGUUGAGAAGAAGAAAGCUCAAGAUGUGCAGCGGGUCAUUUGCGAAUUGUGUCGUGAACGGGCGCAGACUGGUGGUCAGAAGAGGAAGCUGGUUACUUUGUACGAGGCGAACGAAGUCGCGAAGCGACUGGCGGCGAAGUCUCAUAGUGAUGAUGAGGGUAAGGAGGUGGAAGUUGAUGAGGUGCGGACGUGGUAUGAGCGGGCUACUCAUGAGCGGGAGUGAACUCGUCAUGGUUGAUCCAGAUGUCUGCUCUGCAAGCGUGUUUCAGUU